AUGCUGAGCAUCUACGCACCUCCCACCUUUGACGAGGCCACGCGCACGUUGGGCAUCUGGUUGACCUUCCACAAGCCUCCCUCAAGGACUGUGCCGGCCACGCUCAGGCAGAAGGGCGACCGGAACUACAGGGAGCAGACAGCACGAAUAGGCGAGUGGAACUGCACCUUCAGGCGCAGAGCAGCCAAAGCUGCGCCGCUGCAGCUGUCGGCACCGUACGAGGGGAAGGUCACGGUAACGCUGGCCACUCCGUGCGGCUGGGUCUGUUUCGAGAACGAGAUGCUGUUUAUGCUAGACCGGCAGAAUGGAGCCAGCAUCAGGUCGUGCGAGGCUUCAUUCCUUUUCUUCGACACCCAGGCCUGCGUGAAGGGUGGCAGCCUGAGGGUCGUAUCCCCCAUCGUCGAGCGUCCCCAACGUGUUCAGGUGAUGCUGCUGUGCGACUCGCAGCCACAGCUGCAGCAGAUCAGUUUCGUUUACACCUACCUAGCCCUGUGA